UCGCGUGAGCUUUCGCGCAAAACAUUUCAUUUAUUUCAAUAUUCACUAUUUAAUUUGAAUUUCUGAAUGAAAUACGACUUCCAAAUUCAUUAUUUACGUUAAAUAUUCGAUAUGGAUUCCGAAGAAAAUGUUUUGUGCUGUGGUUGUCUCAGUAAGGGCCGAAAAAUGAUAUUGCAAGUAGAGUAUUGGAAGAAACUUACUUUUUCUGAAAUAAUCAAUGAAUUUACUCUAUCCCACGGAGACAGUACACCGGUCUGGUUGUGCUGGGAGUGUGACGCCCACUUACACCAGUUCACAAAGUUCAAGAACAGAGUCAAGACAUCCUAUUUGAUGUUUCUUGAUUUCGUUAAACAGAACACCAACCUACCACAACUUCAGCCCCGCCCCCGUUUGACACAGCACGAUAUAUUCAACUUUGAUCUCCUAAACACAGACCACAAACCGUUUCAAAUUAUACCAACACACAACACAGAAAUACCCAUUAAAGAAGAAUACACCGACAAUCUAGAAGAGAAUAAUUCAGAUGAUGAAAAGCUUAUAGUCUAUAAGACUUAUAAUAAACCGAAAAAUGGCAGAGUUAAGAAGAAAAGGAGAAAGAGAAAUGAAAAUAGAGAAAUAGAGUUGUAUAAAGAGAUUGAAUUGAGUAGAGAAGAAUUGGUAGAAGACAGAAGAAUUAGUAUGUUGAGAGAAGAAUACGUGAAUGCGAUGUUUAAGUGUGAAAAGUGUAUUAUUUCUUUUCCUAAUGCAGAGGAUUUGAAGGAUCAUUUGCAUGUUAAACAUGAGUUGAAUAAAUCUAACUACAAAUGCGAGAUAUGCGAGUGUUCGUUCGCGUCGGAGGUGUCGUUCAACUACCACAGGAACAAACACAUCCGUCGGUACGAGUGCGGCGCGUGUCACGAGCGCUGCCCCAGCAAGCGAGCCGUCGCCAAACACUACGAGAGUACGCACUGUCAUGGCCCCUCAAUAGACAUAAACGUACGAAGCAACCAAAUAGAACUAGACGUACCGAAUAAUGGAACACAAAUAGACGUGUCAAAUGAUCAAAAUGUACAAAAUAAUCAAAAUGGAGUAUCGAAGGAUGGUGCAGAAGUUAUCGAUGAAAGUACAACAAAUACACCCCCGUUGUUCGCGUGUGACUCGUGCAAUAAAUCGUUUAAAUGGAAGGCGUCGCUACGCAAACAUAUAGAAAUACAUCGGAUCGAAACCGGCCAGAAACGGAAACCGUACUGCGAGCCGUGCAAAUUGUCAUUCACGAACACAGCGAAUUUACAGAAACACGUGCGAACUAGUACUAAUCAUCAAAUUCAAUUGAAACUUAGGAAAUUAACAGAAGUACUCCCAGACUCGAGCACCGCAGAGAAUGGCCAACAGAACAUGGAUCAACACAUAGAACAGAUCAAGUGCUCGGUGAAGAAGUCCAGGCAACAGUACCCGUGUCCCCAGUGUGACAAGAAGUUCCAAUGGCGAGGGAAUCUACUGCGGCAUGUGCAUAGUCAUGUUGCUAGAGCUACCGGCAACUUGGUAUGCAAGCCGUGUAACAGGACGUUUUCAUCAAUAGCCACAUACCAACAACAUAUGAAAAUCAGCAGGAAACACGUCAGCGAGAAUGAUUUUAAGUAUAUGUGCAGUGACUGUGGAAAGCGGUUCCCCAAUAAGACACAGCUAAAGGACCACGUGGAUUGGGAACAUUUGAAGAAUUAUGUACACAAAUGUAAUCAGUGUCAGAAGGUUUUAAAGAGCAAGACUUCUCUAUACCUCCAUAAACAAGUUGUACACAGAUCUGAAAAUACAGAACAUUUGUGUCACCAUUGUGGGAGAUCUUUUGCAAACCAAUCCAAGCUCCGCAACCAUAUGCUAGCGCUGCACAGCGGUCAGGCCGCGUACAAGUGUGCCACGUGCGGGGCCCGCUUCAGCUGGCUCUCCUGUCUCUCGCGACACACCAAGAAACUACAUCCGCAGCUUGGUAAACCGUGAUCUUCGACGAAAUGAGGGUAUAUAGUGGUUGGUUAAUGUAGGGUGUGUCUUACCCAGCUGGUGGAGUGGCGGUGGUGGCUAGGUAUCAUCAUCAUUAUCCUGAUCAAUCUACUAGUUGAUCGACGACCUACGUCUAGUAUCAUAGAGUAGGAACGGGGUGGUUUUUAGACAGUAAGAGUCUGACACUUCCUCUCGGCUCGCCCAAAGCGGGAGAAGUCUUUGGAUGACUUUCAACCCUUAAAAAAAGUAUUGAAAUAUGUUUUUAAUCGGGUUCCCACCUCAAAAAAUGCUACUAAGGCGGGUAUAACACACCCGUGGGAAGUUUAAGUUCGUAACUCCAUUGUCACACAGUUUUAAGCCUUCCAUGGGUAUCAAAAUCAAAAAAAAAUCAAAAAUGCUUUAUUUCGUUAAUACACGAUUUUACAGUGUUAUACAGUGGGUGGCGUCUCCUUUUAAGCAUAUAUAUGCCUGUGCCAGGAGGCGCCGCUCUUUUAUAUCUUACAAUUUUAAUAAUUAAUUAACAACUUAAAACUAGAUAAUUUUAAUAUUUGGUAUGUGUGUGUGUGUGUGUGUGUGUGUGUGUGUUUGUGUGUGUGUGUAUGUGGUGUGUGUGUGUGUGUGUGUGUGUGUGUGUGUGUGUGUGUGUGUGUGUGUGUGUGUUCACAUUACAUUCAACAAAAGAUUUUCCACUACAUCAUAGCUUAACUUGUUAAUCCAUUUUAUCAGUAAAGAUUUACAUUCUUUAAAAGGUUUGGUAUGUAUGUCUAUUUGUUUAUUUAUUUUGUUGUAUAAGUAAGAUGAGCGUUUGUCGUACUGAAUUUUAGCGAAUUCUGUUUUUACAAAAGGCAUACAGGCAACGUUGUUUUUCUUCCUUCUUCUGGCUGAUAUAUCGGAAGAUAAUGGUAUGGUUUUAUGUUUUUUUAGUACUAAGUGUAUGAUAUAUAAUUUACGAACUGAUAAUAAAUUGCAAAUUUGGUAUAGCUCAUAAGUGGGAAAAGUCCUUUUUUUGAAGUAAAAGUAAGGGUAUAUAUAGCUUUUAUUAAUUGCGUGACAAGUUCUAAUAUAAAAAACAUAUUUGUUGCCUUAAUACUACACCAGCGCCCUCUAGGUUCGACAAAAUAUUGUAUAAUUGUAAUUAUUAUAUCUGUAUUGUAAAUAAGAAUAUUUUGCUAUAUUUGUGAAUACAAUGAAUGUACAAACUAUUUAAUAUUUGUU